AUGUCUUCGCGACUUCCAGAUCGAUCAGAUUCUAGGCGCAACCGGUCGCGAUCGCCGUACUCACAGCGCCAGCAGAACCAUCCCCGCCGCGACGAUAGAGAAUGGCGGGAUCGACAAGACUCCGAUCGCAAAUGGGAUAAUGGGAGACCUGGUCCCUCUCAACAGCCUCGCAAUAUGCGCGACCAAGUCCGUCUCAACUUGCUUCAAGAAGAUCAGCAAGUGCGCGAGUGGGUCGCGCAGGAGGACGUGUUCGUGCUGAAGCAGGCCAAGAAGAAGGCAGAGAUCCGAGUCAAGGAAGGUCGCGCAAAGCCUAUCGACUGGCUUACGGUCACUCUGCGUGUAAUCGAUCCUACCCGCGAUCCUUUGGACGAUGAGAUUGCAGACUCCGAUCUCGAUGUCGUGGACCCAGAUGGCGUGUUCGAGGGUCUGUCGCAGACCCAGCUACAAGACCUUGAGAAGGACAUCGAUACAUUCGUGAAUCUUGAAACAAAUGCGCAGAACCGCGACUUUUGGCAGACUAUGAAAGUCAUCUGCCGAGACCGUCAAAAGACCUCUACACCCGAAGGGCGUGCCCUGAGCUCUGUUGCUGCCGAUAUCAACAAGCUGUUGAGCCCCAAAUCUUACGAACAACUAAAAAAUCUGGAAGUACAAGUGAGAAGAAAGUUGAACUCGAACGAGCCGAUUGAUACAGACUACUGGGAAGAACUGCUCCGCAGUCUUACAGUUUGGAAGGCAAGGGCGAGACUGAGGAACGUUUAUCAAACUAUCAUUGAGGAGCGUGUCCGCGACUUGAGAAAGCAGCAGACGGAGGAAGCUGAAUCAAUCCGGGCGAAACUGGCGCCUCUUGCUCCUGUUGUCAUCGCAGGUGACACCACAAACUCUGCUGAAUUUGAAGGCUUGGAUCCAGACCCAUUGCUCCAAAUUCGCCCCGAGGACAAGAUUUUGGAAAUUAUGGACGAGUCUGCAUUCCUGAACCAAGUGGCGCGCGAACGUCAGAAAAUUCUCCGCAUGGGCUUUGUCCCACUUCGUCAGCGAGCUACUGAAAAGUCCGCGACAGUGGCAAACCCAACAUCUACGGGCACGCCCGCGGUAUCUACAUCCACCAGAUUCUCCUCCAUCCCGAACGAGGACUUCUCCCAAGCAACCAAAGCGCUCUACGAAAGGGAGCUUGCUAAGGGCGUCAGCGAGAAUGAGGAGAUCUUUACCGGUGAAGAGGCCGUCAGUACGGUAUCGCAACCCCAAUGGGCUGGUAAACAUCGGCCCAGAAAACCCCGCUACUUUAACCGAGUUCAAAUGGGUUACGAAUGGAACAAAUACAACCAAACUCAUUAUGACCAUGAUAACCCGCCACCCAAGGUUGUACAGGGUUACAAGUUCAAUAUCUUUUACCCCGACUUGAUCGACAAAACCAAGGCCCCAACAUAUCGCAUCGAACGUGAAAAUGGUCGCAAGCGCGGUGAAUCAACGGCCGAGGCGGGCGAGGAGGACACAUGUCUCAUUCGGUUUAUGGCUGGACCACCGUACGAAGACAUUGCUUUCCGGAUUGUCGACAAAGAAUGGGACUACAGUGCAAAGCGAGAGAGGGGUUUCAAGAGUACCUUCGACAAGGGAAUUCUUCAACUUCAUUUCCAAUUCAAAAGGAUCUAUUACCGGAAGUAA